AAGGGAAAACGUCCUGGUUCCCCAUGAGAACUAUGAUAUCGUACCAGAUGGAGCCCGAUCUUUACCCCCGUCCCAGAUGGCUCUCAUGAAAUUCUUCUCAAUCUAUAUACCCAUAUAUCGGGAUGUUAUCGGUUUAAAGAGUGAACCGAUACGAUACCGUUCAUACCAAAUAGAAAACCAAAAAUAAAACCUGACUGAUGUUAAUAAUCCGACCCGAGACGAUACAUCUAUAACACAUCUAUAACUCCAUUAAAAUCCCCAAAUCCUCAAACCCUAAAAGCAUAAAAUUCUUAAAUCGAUCUUUGCAACCAUGAGUACCGUUUCUGGAGGUUCGAGUGGUUCAUCAAAUGUUCGACAAAGAGGAUUCGUCGUUGGCGUGCCUAAGAGAUGCUGGUGUGGGGAACACAUCGUGGCAAAGAAUUCCAAAUCCGAGCCUAAUCCUUCUCGGAGAUACUUUCGAUGUCGAGAAGCAGCAGCAAAGAAGCUUGUGAACGAUAACCACAUCUUUAAGUGGGUCGAUGAGGCAUUGUUGGACGAGGUAGCAACAUUGGGUGUUCAAUUUGAGAGAGUAAAAGAAGAGAUGAAAGAGCGUACAAUAGAGACAUUGCAAGAACAGAAGCUGAAAUUUGAGAAGAUGCAAAUGGAGUUCGAAAAAGAGCUUUGUGAGAGGGUUGAAGAAGUUUUGUUGGAAGCAAAAGCUGAAUUGCAAUGUAGGAUGAAUAAGAGUAUAAUUGUAUGUGUUUUCGGUUUUAUGAUCUUGUUUGCUCUGUUUAAGCUUGUAUGAUGAGCUAUUGUAAACUAUUGUUCGGUUGUAAUCUAUUGUUGUUCGGUUGUAUGCUCUGCUUUAUGCUCUUGUUUGUUUUGGUGUUGAGUGUGAACUCCUGUUGGUGUUGCUAUUGCAUUUAAUAAGAUAAGACAUUCCACAUUUCAUAAAAGGCAGAACAUGAUGAACACAUGUUCUGAAAACAAGCAGAAUGAUAACGUUUUGAAAUCAUGUUCUCAACAUGAUCACAGACCAAAAACAUAACCCUACUAGUCUAUUCGACCAAAAUACAGAUCCAACUAGUCUCUUAAACCAAAAAACAGACCCCUACUACCAUAAUCUUCAAUAUUCAGGCUUGUGAAAGUCCUCCACCACCUUGAGAUAGUCCUCCACCACCCUGAACAACUUCUCCUCCACCAGAUUGAGAAAGU